GAUCAUCAAUCAUGGAUUCUAUCAUAGCCAGGCUCCGUCUUCUCCUAUUUCUGGGUUCUGUUAUCCUCGCGGUGGCCUCCAUUGGCCUUGCUUACUCGGAUGAACAGAGCUCUAACUACCGAGUCUGUGUCAAAAGCUGUGCCUUUCACAACAGUCUCGCCUGCCAAGCUCGUUGCAAGCUGACGAACGACGCCGAAGAGAAGGAAGAAGCAGCGGAACGUGACCCUCGUCUUCCUGACCCUCGCCGCCGUCCAUGGCAGCAGCCGGAGGAGAAGGAACAAGAAAGACGCGAAGAGGGGGAAGAGGAGGAGGAACGACCUCAGUGGCAGAGAGAGAAGGAACAAGAAGAACGUCAACGCCGCCGACGACCUGGUAAGAGGUCGGGAGAAAAAGAAGAAGAAGAAGAGGGACAAGGACAAGAAGAGAAGGAACAGGAACAGGAACAGGAAGAACAGAAACAGCAACGGGAAAACCCGUAUUACCUACCCUCUGAUAGAUUUCAGACCCGUUUCGAGAACGAACACGGUCGGAUCCGGGUUCUUCAAAGAUUCGACAACAUAUCCGAUCACCUUCGGAUGCUCAAAUAUUACCGGAUCAUCGAGUACGUAUCCAGACCCGGAACCCUCCUCAUCCCCCACCACUCUGAUGCCGAGUACCUCGUCGUCGCCAUUCAAGGAAGGGCCUUAGUUACUAUUGUGCUUCCCAACUACAAACAGUCCUUCAACCUCAAGCAGUACGAUGUUCUGAGGGUUCCUGCAGGGGCUAUAUGUUAUACUGUUAAUCGAGCUAACAAUCAAGAUCUUCAGCUGAUCAAACUCGCUUUACCCGUCAACACUCCUGGUCAAUUUGAGAACUUCUACCCCUCUGGCAAUCACAUCCCCCAAUCCUACUUCAAAGCCUUCAACAAGAAGACUCUCCAGGCAGCCUUCAAGGCACCGUACGAGGAGAUACAGAGCGUGUUCUGGGGAUCAGAGGGGCAAGAACAGGGUUCAGAAGAAGGAGUGAUAGUGAAGUUGGAGAGAGAACGGUUAAGAUCAUUGCUGAGGAGGCCAGCCCAAUCAAGUUCAUCAUCAAGGGAAGAGAGAGAAUCAUCAUUAGGUCCUUUCAACUUGAGAAACAUCGAACCUCACUACUCCAACAACCAUGGCUCCUUACGUGAAGCUCACCCUCAUAACUACCAAUCCCUUCAAGACCUCGGCAUCGGUAUCACUCACUUAAAGCUCAGAGAGGGAUCUCUGUUUCUGCCUCACUACAAUACAAGGGCGAUAGUACUGGGCUUUGUGGCUGACGGAGAAGGAGACACUGAGAUGGCGUGCCCACAUCUGGCGAACCAGCAGAGAUCAUCAUCAGAAGAUGAAGAAGGAGGAGAGUAUAACCGAAAAGGUAGAAGACAGAGCGAGAGCGAACAGGGACAGCAACGGCAACGACAACAACAGGAGGAAGAUCAAGAAGAACAACAAGAUCAGCGUAGAGAAGGACAGGUUAAGAGGUUGUCGGCGAAACUGUCGAAGAGUGGUCUUUACAUAUCUCCGGCAGGUCAUCCGGUGGCCAUCAGAGCCUCAGGGAACAGCAACUUGGAGGUGGUCGAGUUCAUCCUUAACGCCCCCUACAACUUCAGGAACUUCCUCGCAGGUGCGAGAGACAAUGUACUGAAGAAUAUAGACAGAGAGGUGAUGGAGGCGGCAUCUGAAAGGUCAAGUAAAGAAUUGGAGAAGCUGCUCCGUCGGCAGGAAGCGUCGUACUUUGUGGAUCGUGAGGAUCAGCCACGAGGGGGAGACAAGUCGCCGAGGAAGCCAAACAAGGUUGCUUGGUCUUCAAUCUUGACGGCUUUCAUGUGAGUGAGUCAGUGAGCGAGCGUUGUGCACUCUAUAAUUAAUAAUAAAUAAAUAAAGUAUGUAAUGAUGCCAUCUUUAAUUAGCCUAUUAUAAGGCACGUAUGUAAGGGCUUAUUAUAGUAUCUAAUCUAAGGGCUUAUCCCAUAAAUGUGAGCUGUACACGAAAGGAGUAGUACUAUAUGUAUCUGAUCUAUCCUUGUAUGAA